UUUUGUUCAUACUAUUUUGUCCUGCACCUACUCGCUGUCACUCACUCACUCACUCUGCUGUAUAGCUCAACUCAACAACACAAACCCAUUUCUCAUAGAGACACAAAAAGCUCUCACAGCAAGAGAUGGCCGAAGGAAGAGGCUCCACUCUUGUUCACCUUUUGGUGGUGGCUUUAUGCUUGGUCGCAUUUGGUUUCGCCAUAGCCGCUGAGAGAAGAAGAAGCGUCGGAAUCAUGUACAAAAAUGAAGGAACAAAUGAAACAUAUUGUAUCUACAACUCAGAUGUUGCAACUGGUUAUGGAGUGGGUGCUUUCCUGUUUCUUCUUUCAAGUGAAUCACUGCUUAUGGGAGUAACAAAGUGCAUGUGCUUUGGGAGGCCUUUAACACCUGGGGGGAAUCGAGCAUGGUCCAUUAUAUAUUUUAUUUCUUCUUGGGUCACUUUUCUGGUCGCAGAAGCAUGCUUGAUAGCAGGUGCAACAAAGAAUGCCUAUCACACCAAAUACCGGGGAAUGAUUUAUGCUCAGAAUUUCUCCUGUGAAACCUUGAGGAAAGGUGUCUUCGUUACUGGAGCAGUUUUCGCUGUUGCAACCAUGAUUCUUAACGUGUACUACUACAUGUACUUCACAAAGGCAACCACUACUCCAGUUUCUCAGAAGGCUAAUCGGGUGAGCUCCACAGUUGGAAUGACUGGAUAUGCAUGAUGGAUCAUGGAUGAAAGGGUAACAAAUUUUAAUUCUACAUAUUUAAUGGAAGUCUCUUAUGAUUGCCCUUACUUUGUAAAAUAAUGGUUUCAGUUUGGCUUUGCUUAGUUAACCAGUGUUUAUAAUGUUCGUGUGGAUGUUGCUGGUCAAAGGCAAGCUACAGCUACAAAUAUCAAAGUUUAGGAAAAGAGGGUCUCUUAAGCUAAAUUUGUAGAAAUAUGUUAACCGGUUUCAGAUAAUCUUCACAUUGAAAAUGUGUAAAAUAUUUAAGGCUAUGUUUCCCCGUAAUAGAUAGAAUUGGGACUUUUGAAAGCCUUGCAAUCGAUUUGAAGAUGAGUAGAGUAGGGUUUCUAUAUUGAUAGUUAAAUCUUACAAAAUUGGUCUUGUUAUUUAAAGUG